GUGGUUUUAUAACCUUCAUGAUGGAUGGACGUUGAUGCUAUUUAUUCUGCUGUCUCAUUCCUUGGAAAAACCGACUUCACAGUUGCUCAGCUGCUUUCAAAGUACAAUCUGAGUUGCACUUUGACUUUGGAAAAGCUACAGGUGACGUUUGGUUUGCACGCUUGUAUCUUCAUUGAGCUCGCUGUUGUUCAACGGUCUUUAGGAAAACUACAGAUUCAUCUGUCUUGUCAUGGAUGUCGGACGUCUCUCGCUCUCUCUCCCUCAGACAGUGUGCAUCUGCGAACGAUGAUGGCGCUCGUGCGACUGGUCCUGGGGAUGCUCAUCCUCAAAGCGGUGGUGGCCAAUCCACGGUUUUCCAGACAGGUUGACCUGGACUCGUACGACGACGGCAACUACGACGUGGACGACGUCAACUCGGAAAACCAGGAGUACGAUUACGAAGACGGGCCCACUAUCGAGGACCCCGAGAUAGAGAUCGGCACCCUGGCCCCGCCCGACUACAACGACCCAGUUCCUGGGGCCUCGUUGGAGGAGCAGGAGGAGGAGGAGUUGCCCCUAAAACCGCAGCUCAUCCCUCAGGGCUCAGGGGGGUCCGGCGUUCUCAUGGGCCCAGACACACAGAAAGAGGUGGAGCUGCGUCUGAUGCCCAUUGACAUCCUUCAUGUCUCCGGGGAUUUUGGGGGCUCGGUGGGGUCUGGUGCCUCAGGGGCCUCUGAGGGUUCCGGGUCAGGAGGCUCAGGGGACCCGCUGGUCUUCAGUGCCUCCGGGGGUUCUGGGAACAUUGUCUUCAUCUCUGGGGCAUCUGAGGAGAUCCUCAGUGGCUCCGGUGAAUCAGGGGAGUUCUUAGUAUCCGGGGAUUUGGAUAUCCUGAUAUCGGGGGAUUCCUCUGGCUCUGGGGAGUUCUCUGGAUUCAGGGAGAUCUCUGGAUCAGGAGACCUCCUGAUAUCUGGGGAUCUUUAUGGGUCUGGGGACCUCUUGAUAUCUGGAGAUUUUUCAGGAUCUGGAGAUCUCUUGAUAUCUGGGGAUAUCAUGGGAUCUGGAGCUUCUGGAACCUCUGGGGACUUUGGCUCUGGAGGUUCUGGAGUUCUAAUUGAAUUGGGAUCUGGGGGUUCUGGUAUUGACGCUGAACUCCUUCUGGGCUCCGGAGGGUCUGGGGACCAGUCUGGUUCAGGGUUCUCGGGAGAUCUCCUGAUCUCAGGUGCCUCUGGAGGCUCUGGGGUUUCUGGGGACACCGAUGAGUCAGGGAUAACAUUAUUACCUGGAGAGGUGGAAAUACCUCUCAUUCCUACAAUUAUCCCACAAGAGGCAUCGGGAACCUCUGGGGACUUCUCAGGAGUUUCAGGAACCUCGGGGGAUUUUGGAGUUUCUGGAGACAUAGAUGUCUCUGGAACUUCUGGUGUCUCUGCUUCUGGAGAACCCGAGGAUCCUGAUAUAAUUCUGAUUCCUGACACUGAUAAAGAGGAGGGGCUGCUUCCGACACAAGAGACCCCUCAGGAGGGUACUGGUGGUGUAGAAACGACACCGGGCUCUGGCCUACCAGAGCCCGAGGAAACCGAAGAACCUGAGGUUGACACGAAAGGCAUGCCUACUUGCUUACUGUGCACGUGCCUCGGAGGUUCGGUCUACUGUGACGACUUGAAGCUGGACAGCGUACCACCUCUCCCCAAGGACACCACUCACUUCUAUGCCCGCUACAACAGGAUCACCAAGAUCAACAAGUCUGACUUUGCCUCAAUGAACAAGCUGAAGAGAAUCGACUUGACCGCCAACGCCAUCUCGUCCAUCGAAACCAAGGCAUUUAUGGGUCUGCCAGAGCUUGAGGAGUUGGUGAUUCGAGAAAAUCACAUCUCGCAGAUGCCAGUCCUGCCAGAAACCAUGACCCUGAUCGACGCCAGCCACAACAAUAUUGAGUCCAAGGGUAUUCCCAAAGAGGCCUUCAAGGACAUGACUGGCCUGUUGUACCUGUACAUGACGGACAACGAAAUUGACUACAUCCCUGUACCUCUACCAGACAGUCUGCGAUCCCUACAUCUACAGCGUAACAACAUUCAGUCGAUGCACGAGGACACUUUCUGUAACAUGCACGAUUUCAACUACAUCCGCAACGCGCUGGAGGACAUCCGCCUGGACGGCAAUCCCAUCAACCUGAGCCGAACCCCGCAGGCAUACUUCUGCCUGCCCCGAAUCCCGAUUGGCGACCUCAUCUAAAACCAACACGAACGCAGCGACCGCCACCACGCGUCCCUGUAACUAUGACCCACCACAUGCACGGGGCGUGCGGACACUCUCCUUUCGGCGGGCUUCCACGUACUGCUGAGAUACACUAUUUUGUGGAGCGGUACCACUCUGCGUGGAUAUCCACGAUUCCAUAAACGCGUGAGAUGCGAGUGACCAUGCACAUACACACCGCUGAAGCACACCUCUACGACAGAGGUGCGCAUACACAUACGUAAAACAAGCCAAACUAUUCCACAACUUGAUUUAGGAGUUAAAGUCAACCCUCAUCUGAAUGUUUGUCUGGUGCCUGCUCACAACAGGUCAGUUUUUGUUUGAAAAUGUUUUGUUUUGUAAAGAUUAAAUAUAAAUAUUAAAUAAAUCUCGGAACUGUAAACUUAUUGAAGGCCGGAGCUCAACGGAAGGUGGGAAUUUGAGUAUAUAAUGCAAUAAAAGACGCAUUUUAAGCAAGCAUUUGUUGUACAGUCUGUACUGUAAUAUAAAAAUAUAUAUUCGGUGAAGUUUUUUGGGUGGUGAAAAAUUUAAUAACUGUGCACAAUAGCUUAUUCCAGUGACUAUUGUUCUUUAAUUGGAGGUGGAAGUGCUAACAGCUUGCUACUGUGUGCUCUGUAUGGAAUAACCACAUGAGUGAAUAAAGUUGUUUUGAAGCCCG